CGCUCGUACUGUUUGUUCCUUCGCAGUCGCCGUACGUCAUUGUUGACAACAGUCAUGGCGUCCUCAAUGUCACUUCUCGGCUUCGGACGUUUAAUUGUGAGCAAUGCAGCCUCUAAAAUGUUCCUGAAUCCUAUCAGGUCUACAAGCACAUCAACAUUGAGGCUGGCAGAGAAACCAGGACAAGACACGCAACUUAUUACAGUUGAUGAGAAAUUGGACAUCACCACUCUGACAGGGGUCCCCGAGGAGCACAUCAAAACACGCAAGGUCCACAUUUUUGUACCUGCCAAGACAGCCAUGCAGUCAGGAAUCAACAGCACCAAGAAGUGGAAGAUGGACUUUGAUACCAGAGAGCGCUGGGAGAACCCACUGAUGGGCUGGGCCUCAACAGCUGAUCCCUUGUCCAACAUGGUGCUCUCUUUCUCCACCAAGGAAGAUGCCAUUGCUUUUGCUGAGAAAAAUGGUUGGAGCUACGAUAUAACUGAGAAGAGGACCUCGAAGCCCCGGGUGAAAUCCUAUGGCGCAAACUUCUCCUGGGACAAGAGGACCAGGAGGUCUGCAAAGUAAACUGAAGACACACAUCUGUUAGUUGGCUUGACCCUUAGUUUGUCCCACAGCAGACCUGUAUCAUUCUUGUCAAUAAAUGCAUAAUUAUAUAUGUGGAAACCAAACAUUUGGGUCAUUAUCGCUUUUAUUCUUCAAACAUUCACCUCAUUACUGACUACCUAAUGUAGUCUACGAUUAAUGAAGUGUUGGUUCUCUGAGUCAAGUUGUGCAACAGCAAAACAAAGGGAAACAUAUUAUUACAAUUAGAACUGUUUAAACAUGAGGAUAAAUAGAUCUGUAGGCCAGAACCAGUGACAUUUUUCUUGUGUGAGUGUUUGUUUCCAUCCUGUUACCUGAAUUGUUUCAGUGUUUUGAGAGCUGCACAACUGGAAUUUAAAUAGGAACUUGGAACAGUUUUUUGUUUUUGGUUUCUUUUUGUUUUUUGUUUUUUACUGCAGCAUGUGUGCAGUGAGAUUACUGAUCAUCAUCCUAAAAUGUUAACCUGCAUUACCUUUUUAGUGAGACCUGCCAUUUACCUGGAAAAACUGGAGUUACGACUAACAAUCACUCUCACAAUUGAUUUAUCUGUUUAUCUGGAAAAAAAAAAAAGCCCAGCGUAUCUUUGUCUCACCAACAGUUUAAAACCCAAAAAUGUUCAGUUUAUCAUAAUGUACAACAAAUAGCAGCAAAUCCUCACAAAUGAGAGGCUACAACUAAGGAAUGUUUGGAAUUUCUACUUGUAAAAUAACUUAAAAUGUUUAAUUGAAUUUCAAAAUAGUUAUCAGUUAAUUUUUUGCCAGUCAAAUGAUCCCAAUUCAACUUUUCUGGAGCUCUGCAGACAACUGUAAUUAAAAAAAAAAAAAUACAAACAUAAAUAGCAUUUAAAUUUAAC